CUGUCGGUGUGUGUGUGUGCGAGUCGCUGCGCGAGUCCGGGAGACAGAGGGAGCCGCUCGGCUUAUUCCGCAGGAUGCUGCCCGCUCUGCCUGCUCCGCUCUUUCUGCCCCGGGCCCCUCACUGACCGCUGCAUUUACCCAUAAGCCCCACAUCACAAUGACUGCCAGCAAGGAACAGUCGGGCGGCAGUCGGGGCCCCAACCCCCCGGAGCAGGAGUUGGGAAACAGCAGCCCCCCGCAGAAGAAUUGGAAGGGGAUCGCUAUUGCUCUGCUGGUCAUUUUGGUGGUCUGCUCACUAAUCACAAUGUCCGUCAUCCUUCUAACUCCAGAUGAAACGGGAAACUCUUCGGACAAUCUCCUUGCAUUGGAGGAUCUCUUCAGGAAUGAAUUUACCAUUCAUGACCCUGAAGCCAGGUGGAUCCGUGAUCAGGAGAUCGUAUAUAGGAACAGGGACGGUUUCGUCUUCAGACUCAACGUGGAAACCAAUGAGACAACAACGUUGCUGGAGAACUCAACUUUUGUAACAUUCAAAGCUUCAAGAUACUCAGUGUCCCCAGACCUGCGCUACGUUCUCCUGGCCUAUGACUUGAAGCAGGUUUUCCAUUUCUCCUUCACGGCCUCCUAUGUCAUCUAUAACAUUCAUACAAGGGAGGUCUGGGAAUUGAACCCUCCAGAGGUGGAAGAUUCCGUGUUACAAUAUGCAGAGUGGGGUGUCCAGGGACAACAACUAAUCUAUAUUUUUGAAAAUAAUAUUUACUAUCAGUCAGAUGUGAAAAGCAGCUCCCUAAGGCUGACAUCUUCUGGGAAAGAGGGGAUUGUAUACAAUGGAAUUGCAGACUGGCUGUAUGAGGAGGAGAUUCUUCACUCCCAUGUGGCACACUGGUGGUCCCCUGAUGGGGAAAGACUGGCUUUCUUGAUGAUAAAUGACAGCUUGGUCCCUAAUAUGAUUCUUCCUCAGUUUACUGGGAGUUUGUAUCCCAAGGGAAAGAAAUAUCCAUACCCCAAGGCCGGGCAGACAAACCCUACAGUGAAACUCUUUGUGGCAAAUCUGUAUGGACCUACGCACACACUGGAACUGAUGGCGCCUGACAGCCUGCGGGGCAGAGACUAUUAUAUCACGAUGGUGAAAUGGAUCAGUAACACCAGGACUGUUGUGAGAUGGCUGAACAGACUGCAGAACAUGUCAGUUCUGACUGUGUGUGAAACAACCACCGGUGCCUGUAGCAAAAAAUAUGAAGUGACAUCUGAUGUCUGGCUUUCAGGACAGAACGAGGAGCCAGUGUUCUCUAAGGAUGGUAGCAAGUUUUUCCUAACGGUACCUGUAAAACAGGGAGGCCGGGGGGAGUUUCACCACAUCGCCAUGUUCAGUGUCCAGGCCAGGAGCGAUUUGGUUAGCACACGGCACCUAACAUCUGGCAGCUGGGAGGUCAUUAAGAUCCUGGCUUACGAUGAACCCUCUCAGAAGCUAUAUUUUCUAAGCACUGAAGACUCCCCAAGAGGAAGGCAGUUGUACAGCGUGUCAAUCUUUGGUUUGUUAAAUCGCCAGUGUCUUACGUGCGGCAUCACCAAAGACCUGUGCUCCUACCUCAACGCAAGGUUCAGCCCCUCUAACCAUCACUUUGUGCUGCACUGCAAAGGGCCGGGAGUUCCAACCAGCAGUGUCCAUAGCACAGACGACCCAUCAGAGUUUUACCCCUUGGAAAGCAAUUCUGUGCUGAGAGAGGCAAUUGCACAGAAGAAGAUCUUCAGGACUGAAAUAAAAAUGAUUCAUAUUGAAGAUUAUGAACUUCCGCUCCGACUCUCAUUUCCCAGAGAUUUCUCUUUGAAGAAUCAGUACCCCCUUCUGUUAAUCAUAGACGAGUUCCCAGGCAACCAGCUGGUAACUGAUGAGUUCCAUAUGGACUGGGACUCGGUGCUUAUUAAUACGGAUAACAUCAUUGUGGCGAGAUUUGAUGGGCGGGGAAGUGGGUUCCAGGGUCUGAAAAUCCUUCAGGAGGUUCACCGAGGUCUUGGAUCAGUGGAAGUGAAAGACCAGAUUGCAGCUGUAGAGUGGCUGCUGAAAGAGCCGUUUAUCGACCCCAACCGGCUGAGCAUAUUUGGGAAGGGCUAUGGAGGAUACAUUGCUUCCAUGAUACUAAAAGCAAAUGACAGACUCUUUAAAUGUGGGGCCCUGUUUGCCCCAAUCACAGAUAUGAGACUUUAUGCAUCAGCCUUCUCAGAGCGCUACCUUGGGCUGCCAUCCAGAGAGGAGAUCACGUACCAGGCAUCCAGCGUGCUGCACAAUGUUCAUGUGCUUAAGGAUAAGAAUCUUUUACUCAUUCAUGGAACAGCAGAUGCCAAGGUCCAUUUUCAGCAUUCAGCAGAACUCAUUAAGCACCUUGUUAAGGCUGGAGUGAACUACACAAUGCAGGUUUACCCAGAUGAAGGUCAUAUCAUUUGGUCAGAAAAAAGCCGGGCCCAUCUAUACAGCACGUUGCUCCGAUUCUUCAGUGACUGCUCUCAGGCACAAGCUGUGUUCAUUCCACAAGAGGCCGAAGAAGAUGAAUAAAAGUGAAAAUUAUCUCAGGAGACAACAUGGCUCACUGGAGCCAUCAAACACAGCUUCUAUCUUCAGCUUUUGGCCUGAAUCUUGGGCAGCUGAGGAUCAGCACACUACGGACCAUGAGCUACAAACUGGGAAGUUUCUAGACAAACGCCAGGACUCUUUACGAGGAAUUCUCUUUGUACCUUGGGAGACACAUACAGAGCAUUUUAGUUUCCAGAGGAACCUAGUUUUGCAUACAGUAGCGUAGUGCAUGUUUUUGUGCUUAUUUUUAAUUCAAAGGAACAUUCUUUAUCCACCACUACAAGCUGACCUGCGUCUGGGAUCCUCUCAGAGACCCCCUGAUCAGUCCUCUUUCCCCCCAAUACAGACCCUAUUUUCUGGAGUGACAAAGAAAAAGUGCAAUUUCUCUCUGUUCCUUUGCCCUUGGGGAACACUUGAGAAUAAUUAAAAAAUGAUCUUUCUAAGAUGCUGUUCUCACAUCCAAAUGGCAAGCCAUUGCCACGCCCCAGACUCCUCCUCUUGUUAAUAUGGAUUCCUUUCCCGCGAGCAGUUGGGAGCAGUUUUUGGUAGCGGAGUUUUGCUAUGUAUAUUUCUAUGUAUACAUUCAGUCAGAAGACUCUCUCUUGUACAGUUAAAGGGACCUUAUAUUUUUCCAGCCUGAGGGCUCAGUUUGACUGAAAAGCCCUUUUUUGUCACAAUUGUAUAAGCUGAUGAUAUUAUUUCCUCUUGGUGUGUGUUUUGAAUAGAUUAGUUGACAAAGAUUCAGUUUGCAUUUCCACUGUACAUUUACUCCUGUGUAUAUAAACACAUAAAUAUUAAAUUAUGGUUUCAUACAGUA